UUUUACCUACCUUAAUACUCGCAACUUAUUUUCUCAUUAGAUGCUUUUCUAUGUUUUAUUAUUUCCCUUUGUGUUUUUAUAUCUUUAUGGUAGGAAAUUGUUGAUUUAAUAACAACUAAAAAACCCCACAUUUUUUUUUGUCUUGUGUCAUUUUAACGUUUGCUCGUUUUCUUUCUUUCUCAGUUGAAUGGUUAAUUAGUGUGUGUAUUUCAUCUAUUAGAUUACAUGGCAUGCAUGAGAAUUGGCUCUAAAUCUGACUCUUUGCGUCGUGAAGGCCAAACUUGGAUUUGUUCAUCUGGUCUUGCAAGUGAUGUUACCAUAGAUAUCGGAGAUAUAUCAUUUUACUUACACAAGUUUCCCUUGAUCUCAAGAAGUGGGCUGCUAGAGAAGCUUAUUGGAGAGUUUACAAGUGAGGAUGGAUCAAGCUGCAUCGUCAGACUCGAUGAAGUACCUGGUGGAUCCAAAGCAUUUGAACUUGUUGCCAAAUUUUGUUAUGGAAUGAAGCUUGAGAUUAAUCCCUCCAACGUAGUCUCUCUACGUUGUGCAGGAGAAUACCUCGAAAUGACUGAAGAAUAUGGGGAGGGCAAUCUCAUUGCCCAAACUGAGGCCUUUUUUAGUGAAGUAUUCAGCAGCUGGACAGACUCGAUGCAAGCUCUUGUAACGUGUGAAGAAGUUCUUGAGCAAGCAGAGGAAGCUCAUGUUGUUUCAAGGUGCAUAAAUUCAUUGGCGAUUAAAGCAUGUUCGGAUCCAAGCUUGUUUGGAUGGCCAGUUAGUGGACAAAGUAAGAACUCCAAAGAGAAGUCUUUAUGGAACGGGAUUUCUUCAGGGAGUAAAUCACAGAUUACUACUGCUGAUGAUUGGUGGUAUGAGGAUGUAUCUUCUCUUAGUUUUUCACUUUAUAAGAGGCUUAUUAAAGCUGUUGAAGCAAGGGGGAUGAAACCCGAAAGAGUUUCAGGUUCAAUUAUGUUUUAUGCAAGGACUAAUAUCCCUCUUUUGAAUAAGCAAGCUGAAAAGGAUACUACCAAGCAAGGAUCAGAGGCUUCAACUGCUCUGUUGUCUGAAGUUGACCAAGGGAACCUUCUUGAAGAUAUCGUAAAUCUACUUCCUACUCAAAAAGGCGUCACACCAACCAAAUUUCUGCUAAGGCUACUGAAAACUGCUAUGAACUUACAUUGCAAUCCGCCCUGCUUGGAAAACUUGGAGAAAAGAGUAGGAGUUCAAUUAGACCAAGCCACAUUGGUAGAUUUGCUUAUUCCAAACACAGGGUUUGCGUUAGAAACAUUGUAUGAUAUUGAUUGUGUUCAGAGGAUUGCCGAUCAUUUCAUGAAAAUGCAGUUAGGCGUGUCUGGAACAUCUUCUCCUAUAACAGCAGAAGAUGGUGUGCAGUUGAUAAAUGCAUCUGAAUCUAUUGCUUCCAUGACUUUGGUGGCCGAACUAAUUGAUUCUUACCUUGCUGAGGUUGCCCCUGAUGUCAAUGUUAAGGCUCCCAAAUUCCAAGCUCUUGCUGCUGUGAUCCCUGAUUAUGCAAGGCCUAGAUAUGAUGCUUUCUACCAUGCCGUUGAUAUCUAUCUUAAGGCACAUCCGUGGCUCACAGAGUCCGAGAGGGAGCAAAUUUGCAGGUUAAUGAAUUGUCAGAAGCUGUCACUAGAAGCCAGUACUCAUGCAGCACAAAAUGAGCGGUUGCCACUUCGGAUGGUAGUCCAAGUCCUUUUCUUUGAACAACUAAGGCUUCGAACUCAGAUCUCUGGAUGGUUUUUCUUGUCUGAUAAUCUUGAUAGCUCGCAAAAUAGAGAUCAGGAUGAGAUUGUGGAUCAGGAUCGAGCUUUAGUGGUUGCUGGUGAUGUGAGGAAUCGAGUUUCUGAGCUUGAGAAGGAAUAUCAAACUAUGAAAAAAGAGAUACAGAAAAUGACGAAGACGAAGAAAAAAUGGAGCAUAUUUUCUAAAAUGUUUGCCAGACCUAAACCGCGUGCUCAGUUAAUCCAGCCAAAAUCUGGGCUCACAAAAGUGCAACAAUCAUCUCUUCUCAAAACCCAAGAGUUGGAGAAUACAAAGUUUACAGAUUUAGAUGGAACAAAUCAAAAUUAGAAGGGUAAUGAUUUUGUGUUUGCUUCUCAUUUUCUUUUGGGUAAUUUAGUUUUAAAGACUCCUAUGUUCUACAUUUUCUUGUUAGAAAGGUUCUUUUGUGUUGCCGAAUUCGAUAUUCAUGACUUUUUUCUAUCUAGUUCAUUGUAAUGUAAGUCAUUGCGUAACUGAUUUACCUACACUGCUUCUUCUCCCUAAAUUUUCGAGCAAG